AGGUGCAAAUAAGGAUUCCAACUUUGCACUUUUUUCUAUUUAAGGAUGUUAACUUUGACAGUUUCUAAAUAAGGAUGUUAACUUUCAAUUUUUUUCUAAAUAAGGAUGUUAACUUUGUCAAUUUCUAAAUAAGGAUGUCAACUUUCAACUUUUUUCUAUUUAAGGAUGUCAACUUUCAACUUUUUUCUAUUUAAGGAUGUCAACUUUCAACUUUUUCUAUUUAAGGAUUAAUUGAAUAGUGAUGCUGACGUGGCUAACAUAUUUUUUUAGGUUAAAUAUUUGAAUUGGUCCCUCAACUUUUAUUUUUGAACCAAUUCAUCCUUGAACUUCAAAAAGUACCAAAAACGUCCUUCAACUUCAAUUUUCAAUUUCGUCUUUCCGUCAAUUAAAUAUUGAUGUCCUCCGCCAUACUUUUAGCCAAAUCUGUUAGAAAAUUCCGCCCAAAAUCCUACACAGAACGCAACUCAAAACACAUUCGACAAACAAAUUCAACAGAAGAAGGUUUCUGUUUUCUCGGUCUUUGUCUGGGGAUGAAAGGCACAAGCUUUGCCUCUGAAAUUUAGAUCUUGUAAUUGAAACGUAAAAGUUCCCUCCUUUGAUCUUCAACCAGCCAACUAGAAUUCCGAUAAUGAUGGAGAGGGCAGAGCCAGCUCAAAAGCUAUACAAGCAGAUGCGUUUAUGGGAAUUCCCUGAUGAGUACGUGAUUGAGCCUACCGAUGGUUCCCACGGUUCCUCUUUGUCAGUCAGUCGUGUUGAUGGCUCAAUGAAACUUAUUGAUGAUGUUCCAGAAUGCAGCUCUGUACGGGUUCCUAAGAUCCGGACAAUUUUUGGUGUUGUUGGGAUGCUAAAGCUAGUGACAGGGUCAUAUUUGAUAGCAAUAACAGAGCGUGAAUGUGUUGGAGCUUAUUUGGGACAUCGUAUCUACAAAGUUGUAUCUUUGAAUGUUUUUCCAUGUGAUCAUUCUCUUAAAAACUCUCCUGUAGAGCAGAAAAAGGUGGAGACAGAAUUUUCUGGGCUGCUUCAAGUUGCAGAGAGGACUACUGGUCUAUUUUUCUCAUAUGACACCAAUCUAACUCUAAGUGCACAGAGAUUGCAUGAUCUGGGAGAUGAAUCCAAAUUGCUUCCUCUUUGGAGACAGGCAGAACCACGGUUUCUUUGGAACAAUUACAUGUUGGAAGUGCUCAUAGAUAACAAGCUUGAUCCAUAUUUGCUUCCAGUUGUCCAAGGGAGUUUUCAUUACUUUCAAGCAGCUAUUGGGAAAGAAAUUGCUAAUGUUACUCUGAUUGCUAGGAGAUGCACUAGGAGAAAUGGUACUCGUAUGUGGAGAAGAGGAGCUGAUCCUGAUGGCUAUGUUGCUAAUUUUGUGGAAACUGAGCAAAUUAUACAGAUUAAUGGGUACACAUCAUCUUUUGUUCAGGUUCGGGGUUCAAUGCCAUUUCUCUGGGAGCAAAUCGUUGAUUUGACGUAUAAGCCCAAGUUUGAGAUUGUGAAUCCUGAAGAAGCUCCUCGAGUAGCUGAGCGUCAUUUUCUGGAUUUAAGGAAGAAGUAUGGAGCAGUUCUAGCAGUUGAUCUUGUCAAUAAGCGUGGAGGUGAGGGACGCUUAAGUGCAAAAUUUGCAGGUUCAGUGCAGAAUAUUUUGAGUGAUGAUGUAAGAUAUGUCCAUUUUGAUUUCCAUCAAGUCUGUGGGCACAUUCAUUUUGAGCGACUAUCAAUCCUCUAUGAGCAAAUUGUAGAUUUCCUUGAGAAAAAUGGGUAUCUCUUGCUAAAUGAAAAGGGUGAGAAAAUGAAAGAGCAAACUGGAGUUGUAAGGACUAAUUGUAUCGAUUGCUUGGACCGGACAAAUGUUACACAGGUAAACACUUAAACACAAGAGGCAAAGCAGUAAAACAAUACCUCUUCUAUUGAAACCGAACUGAUUUCCCUCACCAAAUUGGUAAAAUAACAAAAAAUUCUUUUUUUAUUUUUGUUUGAUUCUCUAAUUUUCUUUCUGCAAAUAUCUUGUGCUUUGUUUGCUUACUGCUUAUUCAAAUAACUAAUAUUUUGUUAU